UCAUUUUUCAAAGGUUCUUUAUCGAAGUUCUCACAAAACCUUAAACGCAAGAAAACUUUGCAUGAACCUAACUGUUAAAAGUCUUUUAGGGUACAAGUCGAUGCGCGGUAAACGUCCCUUUUAUGAAUUCAAAACUUAAUGAACUGCUAAACGGGUACCAGUGUGAAGGAUCAACAAAAACAGCACAUGCUUCCAUAGCAGCCCAGAGACGACGAACACGGCGCGUUAACAUUAAAUCAUCGCCUGACAAAAAUAACGUCAUAAAACUAGACCACAAUUCCGAACUUUUUUCAGAAAAAGCCGUUUAGGAGUCACGUUACUUGUCAUGGAUAACAAAACAACAUCGAUCGAAUGGAUGAGUUUUUGCGCUUUUGAUUUUAACCGAUGAAUGUGAAUUGCUCAACUUGAAUUAUCAAGGGUUUGGUAAUUAUUGGAAUUUUUCGAGUGAUUAAGAGCUUAGUUCGCUUUGAACUUAUUUACUUCAAAAGAUACAUUUGCAAAGCUUGCCAUGUAAUGAAGACAGGAUCCACAAGUCGUGACCACCAAUCUGGUCAUCGACUAGCGCGAGUCAUUAUCCUGGUGAUCGUAGUUCUUCUUUUAUGCCUUAUACUAAAACAUCACAGACUUGCAAAGGUGAAAACCACCAUCAAGGAAGAGGAAAAACAGUUAGAUCUUGGAUGUCUCUAUACUGUCAUCCCCCCGACUAAUCCAAUCACUUGGAAAGAAAUUAUUUUCUACAUCAAGCCUAGUCCGGGGGGGAUUUGCAAAGGGGUCUUCAGACACAAUGUUACCGAAGGCCAGUCCAAAUUUAGAAUUCAAGCUUUUGGCUCUAAAGAAAUGGUCACUGGCACCGCAAUGCAUGUCGGAAAUGACACUUACGAAGCGAAAUUGCAACUUUCUUUCGCGGAUGAAUAUAUAUUUAUGGUGAUAUUGACGUUUCUAAACAAAAAUCACCUUGAAUAUCGUGUACACCACAACGCCAUAUUGCAGCACGUUGUAAGUAGCCCUUUCGARUCGCGGGUCGCUGAGGGUACUCGUCCUGCAGGAUAUACSCGCUAUUGCACACGCGAAGAGAGCGGAACAGCACCCGGUAGAUGGGUAGAGUGUGGUAAACUAGAAGGAAUUGAGGAUUGUGGUGAAUGGCAGCUGAACCAGGUGUACGACUUUGACCAGAUCCAUGGAUUUCAUUGGGUGCCGUUUUCUUGUCAGUUACACCAUUACAGUAAUGAUGAAAUCAAAAAGUGCUUUGCUAAGAAUGGAUGGAGUAAUAUUGCUUUCACAGGAGACUCGCACAUGCGCUAUCGUACAUAUCACUGGGUAACGCGACUGUACGGAGGCUGCCGAGGCUGUAUCAAGACGCACAUCAAAAUGGUAUUUGACAAAAUCCCGCGUAUCGAGUGGAUCUUCGAUGCCCGCGGGACGCGCUGGCCUAUGACGUUCCCGGAUGUUAAAAUCCCAAACGAAGUUUACGURCAUCCAAAAACACGACGUUCAAUGUUCUCUAAGGAAUUACCUUCGACAGUUUUCGAUGUCAAGCUUUUUAUAAUGAACUUUGGACACUGGGUACUACGAGAAAUCACCCAAAAGAAAUUCAUGCAAGACAAACUUAACGCUUUCGCAGAAGCCAUYCAAAAGAUGAACGGGACAGACGGAAAGAAACGGUUCUUGUGGGUCAACACGGUGAGCCUUCCUUGGCGCGACGACAAGGCCGUGGUGGACUGGAUCGAGAAUCCAUCACCCGCUAGGGUAGAGCAUUGGAAUAAAUUGAGCGAUUCGGUCAUGCGCAAACACGGAAUUCAAAUCGUCGAUGCAUUUCAAAUAUCGAACAGCCGCAUCGGGGCGACUCACGACCAGACGCACUACGCUAAGAGAAUGAGCAAUGGCGACUGUGGAGGAGUAGUGGAGAAUGCUAUUAGUAAUACUAUUGCUAAUGCUUUGUGUAAUUUUAAGAUAUAAAUGAUGUUACUAUGUAAACGAGCAAUCUUUUCAUUCGAACAAGUCGCUCGAAUUUAUAAUUUUAUACUCUUUUAUAUUCCAAAGGUUAAUUGUAAGAAAAUAAAGGAUUGUUUAUGAAAUCAGUUCUAAAAGUCGUCCUUUCUGGAACUCAUAAAAAAGACACUAAUAUGAAAGCGGCACAGCCUACUAUCAAAACAAU